GAAAACAUGACGUCACAAGCCUCCGCAACCGGCGCGGUUUGAGACGGAACAGCGUGGAUUAGCGAUUAUUUCCUUGGAAUUUUCUCCUGGUGGUAACGUUUGUUUCUUGUUGGCAGUCAAUUAUCUUCUGUGACUACACUGGUGGCCAUGUUAACAAUUCGCCGGGCUGGGAAGUCUGAUCUCGUUUAUGCUUUAAUAGAACGACUAUUGAUAAGUGAGAAUAGCACCUGCUAGCUUCGAUUGAGCUAACUGCGGACGUCUUUUUUAUUCUUACGUAAAGACGUCUACGGUUUCAUCACUUACAUCAUGGCUUCAGAUGACAUUGCUGAGCUGGUUGAUUCUCUCGCCAACACCCAUGUUGGGGAUGGAGAGUUGAGCUUUAAAGGCUUAGGGCUGAAGCUGGACAACGCAGAAUCAGUGGAAGAGCUGGUGCAGGAGAUAGAACAGUGUCAAGAUUUGAGAGCCUUACGCUUGGAAGGAAACACUUUGGGCGUUGAGGCAGCUGUAGCCAUUGCCCAGGCACUAGAAAGCAAACAUUGGCUUCAGUGUUGUUAUUGGAGCGACCUUUUUACUGGAAGACUACGCUCUGAAAUCCCAAAAGCCCUAGUUUAUCAGGAGUCACUGAGCAGCGGAAUAAUGAUGGCAGGGGCCCGUCUGACUGUGCUGGACUUGAGUGAUAAUGCGUUUGGACCAGAUGGCGUGCGCGGCAUCCAACAGCUUCUUAAAAGUCCUACCUGCCACACCUUGAAAGAGCUAAGACUCAACAAUUGUGGGAUGGGAAUCGGAGGAGGAAAGAUUCUGGCAGAAGCACUGAUGGAGUGCCACAGAUCCUCAGUAACUGCUGGCGCUGCGCUCAAAUUGAGAAUAUUUGUUGCUGGGAGAAAUCGUUUAGAAAAUGAAGGAUCCAGUGCCCUGGCCAAAGCCUUUCAGUUGAUGGGAAGUCUGGAGGAGGUCCACAUGCCCCAAAAUGGCAUCAACUAUGCAGGCGUCAUCACUUUAGCUUCUGCCAUUCGACACAACUCAGAGCUGCGAGUGCUCAACCUCAACGACAACACCUUCACAAAGAGAGGAACACUGGCUAUGGCACAGGCUCUGGGGCAUCUGAGGAAUGUCCAGGUGAUCAACUUUGGUGACUGCUUGGUCCGCUGUGAAGGAGCGAUUGCCCUCGCAGCAGUGCUAAGAGAGGGCUUGCCAAUCCUCAAGGAGCUGAAUCUGUCCUUUGGAGAGAUCAAAGAGGCGGCGGCGCUCGUGGUGGCUCAGGCCGUCAUGGACAAACCUUACAUGGAGAAAGUGGAUCUGAACGGGAACUUUUUGGGCGAGGAUGGCUGUGAGGGUCUCAGGGAAGCCAUGGAGAGCCAAGACAAAGCAGUGAUGCUGGCUUCACUCAGUGACGACGAGGGAGAACCUGAUGAUGAUGAUGAUGAUGAUGAUGACAAUGAUGAGGGCGAGGCAGCAGCAAAUGACGACUGUUGCAAUGGGGAGGAGUUUGGAAAAGAAAAUGCAUUGCUGGAAAAAGAAGACAGUUCUUCCAAGUGCCAUUGUCCAGAUGAGGUAUUGUCUUUCGUUGCUUGCCCAUCUGCUGAGAAGCUUCUUCAGCUCGGAGAGAUGACGAGACAUCUGCUGCCAGAGGUGGACAUGACGAACCCACAUAAGGCAGCUGAUGUCCUUCUGAAAGUGGCUUCUUUAUACAGUGAGAAACCUGUCAUCCAGACUGCAGUGCUGGAAACUUUUGACAUGCUGUUGAAAAAGCUUCUCUCUGGUUCAGCCUUCCAGGCGUACACCUUUCUCUCUACCCUGCUGGUCCUCAUGGGAAUCCUCCGGGGAGAAGGGAAGACGAAAAAAGUGCCACUGGUAGCAGGCCAACUGUUAUGUUUGGAACAUGCCGUCCAGCAAGACUACUUUGCCCAGCACCACGCCUCCCUGAUUCACAUUGUCCUUUCAAAGAACCGCGACGCUCUCAAUUUGUGCAGCAGUAGCAUGGAGAGAUUAAGCUCCGCCUUAGAAAAGAGGUGCCUUUACCAACAUUGAUGGACUGCUGCUGAAAAAUACACGCACACACAUUCUGGGAUUCAUUCCUCCACAAUAGAAGCCUGUGAAACCACUGUUGAUUGUAUCAAAUCUGUCCAGUAUAUGUUAUUUUAUAUAUUUUUUACUCAUGCUAUAGAUUUUUAUUUUUACAGAGAAUACACAGUAAUCAUAAUGAUACAUAUCUGCAUAUUAACCUCCGGAUUUUUUUGGUUUGCAAAUGUGCACUUUGACAUGUUUUUUAAAGGGAUACAUCACAUACAUACACUAUCUUUUAAUCUAUAUUGCAAUAUUAAUACAGGGAACAUGGACUGCAUAUUAUCAAAAUGGUAAAGGUGUUUGCUGUUUUUCUUGUUAACAUUUAACACUUGGAACCCUUUGUGUUGAAUCGUGAAGCUGAAAAUGCAUCAUUGUUUCUGCAUCAUUUUGAAAUGUUACUCACUGGAAAGAAAAACAUUGUCAACAUGAUAUUAAUGUCUUUUAUUGUCAGUCUUAAUUAAAAUUGUGCACUUAUGUUGUAUGUUCAGUUUCAGAAUGACCUCAUAGCAUAGAACUGAACAGUGUUCAGGGUGAAGUGGCUCAAAUAUUUUGUAUUGACUUUCAGAGUAACAGAUUUUCCUUCAUUUAUAAUUGUCACAAUGUUUAUUGAAUGUAAUUAGUACUAAACUCUUAAUACAACUCAAGUUUUGUCAAUUUAUUUUACUUUUUUAUUAUAAUCUGAAUAAACAAAUAUUUUUCCUUGAA